AUGUCGAUUUUGAACGUAAAAAGUAAGUUAAUUUCCUCGACGAAUCAAAACACAUCGUAUAACAAUAAAACAAUAAAUAAUCUCCAAUUUAAACUCGAUGAUACAAACAAUUUAGACAUAAAUUUAUUGCUUUACAUCCCAGUUUUGGUCACUCUUUGUUUAUAUUGUUUGUUAUGGAUUUUAUCGCACAAAAAUUUGUUUCCCCAAUGCAUUUAUUUUUUAAGUGAUAACCACAAAGAUGAUAGAUUCGCUUAUUUAUUAGAAAUAAAAACGGGGAUGGAAAGUGGUUCGGGAACAACUUCAAACGUAACGAUUAAAAUAUUUGGAUCAACAGGAAUUAGUCGAGCCCACGUUGUUAAUUAUCCCGAUCCCGAUUUAAGAUUGUUGAGAUAUAAUGGUGAAGAUUAUUUUAUUGUAACAACAGAAAAACAUCUUGGGGAAUUAAUUUUUAUUCAAUUAUGGAUCGAUUUUAUUUCAAUUGAACCAAAAUGGAAUUGCGAUCAAAUUCGAAUUUGCGACCUCCAAACUAAACAUUGGUGGUUGUUUAUUGUUAAUAAUUGGUUAACUAUCGAUAAAAAGAAUCAUUAUUGCUUAAAAGUGUGGGCUACACCAAGUAGUUUAAAAAAGAAGAUCCGAUGUAGAUUAUUAUUGCCAUCUUUUAACGCACAACAUACUUGGAAUUUUUGGCAUUCAAGUUCUAGAUUUUAUACUUGCACAGAAAAAUUAACAAUAAUUUGUUCACAAAUCAUUUGGAUUUGUUCCUUAACAAUAAUAAUUUGUAUCAACACUGCUCCAAGAAAAUUAGAGAACAUUAACAUUGGGUUCAUAACGAGUACCACUUUCCAAUCAUCAGCGAUAACUUAUCUAGUUAAUUUACCGUUUAUCUUAACAUUUCGAUUAUCUAGCUUAACGAGAAGAGAACUUUACGUGCACCAACCCAACGUUUUUUCAAAAAAAUUCAGAUUUAUAACAUGGAAAGUUCCUGAUUUAUUUAAAAAAACCAAAUAA